UUCAUGGCCCCUCUCUCUGUUGACACACAGGCGCAGUCGGCAUCAACAUUCUCAAAAUGCUGGAGUUGUUUAAAACAGGUCAUGAGUACAUGGUGGAGAAUGACUGCUACGUCAGGACCCAGAUAGCGAUGCUUGACAUGACAGAAGAACAAAUCUUAGCCAACCUGGAAACUGUCCUGUUGGAUGUCUGCUCCCAACGACCAGCUGAUAUGGGACCUUUCAUCGAGCGGGCGAUCAUCGCCAGUCAAACCAGUGAAGCUCUGUGGUUUAGGAGUGAAGACCUUUUACAGAAACCAACAGAGCAGGAGGAGGAAUAAGCUGUUCUCACAAUCUAAAUGUUCACUUUAUUAAAUAAAGUAUUUGUCCUGA